AUGGCCAUAAUCAUCGAUCUACCACCAGAAAUCCUGGAACAGAUUUAUCACUACUUAGGUAGCAUCGACGACGUCCACCACUUCGGACGAAUGUGCAGUAGGACUCAUCAUGUCAUCCAAAAACAAAACAUCUACCUCGAGAUCAUGCGCUCAAUCAUUCACUCUUCACCCCAACACCGCUACGACUUCCAGCUUUGCAGAUCCCUGGACCUCCAUCGCAAGAUCGUAGCGCACUUGGAACGACAUCCUACACCAUUCGCUGCCAGCCAACCCGGAGUCUUCAGUUUCAGUAUCUGGGAAACGCAACUGAUGCAGACUGCCAGGGGCUGUUCUAGUCCGGCUGAAUGGACAGAUGACAUGAUCUGUGACAUACUGGCCAGGUACCAGGGGCUGCGUGUUCUGGAAAACAUUUGGCUGGAACGAGAACUGCAAGAGCAAGCUUUUCUAUCUGUGGAGGAUACCUCGGAUGCACAGCGGUUUGUCCAUCGCUUUGCAACACUUGUUGAUCGCGAGCAGAAGUUCAGAGACGGAGAUCUACCUCGAAGGAACCCGAAUACGCCGCAUACAUGGUAUUACACCGAAUUGAACGCGGAUCAGAGAGAGCGUUUCUAUGCCGCUAUAACGUGUGUCUGGCUCCUCAACGAGAUACGAUGGGUCUUGACCAACUUUGCUUAUCCGGCAAACUUUACUGUUCAGAUCGAGAUUCUGGGGGCGUUGAAGGCGAGGAUAGAAUGGGAGACUAGAACACCACUACUGGACGAACUGGAUCGACACGCCGUGUUCACGUUCAUGUACCAUCAUCUAAUCCCCCUCCACGCUUUAUUCAUGGCAGAUGCAAGCUCCUCAAAACUACCCUUCACAUUCGCGUCCGAUUUUUCCAAGGACACGGCUCAUUGCACCAGAUUACUUCAGCUCUUCCUCAUGGCCUCUCAAACCUACUUCCAACCCCCUGACCUCAUCGACCUAAUGCUCCGCUCCCGCACAUCGCGUAAGCCGCCUUAUCCCCUCCUUUUGACACCCUGUUCAACCGAAAAAUACCGUCGACCCCUCCCCUCCCUCUUCUAUCCCGGCCACGACCUCAAUUGCACACACCUCAAGCCGUCCUUCCAACGCACAUCAAUCGCGCACCUCACCUUGAUAACACGUUCGUCGUUCCAUCAAACUAGUCAUGAUAUGAGUCAAGGUGGUAUUAGUCCAUCGGCGCUUGGGGAAGCCUUGUUCAAGGUUCCGGACCAUGCGAGGCGGUAUCUUGCGGAUCGUGUCUUGGUGGCGUUUGAAAAGGACGAGGUGAGGGAAAGAGGAAAGAGGGAAAUAAGAGGGGUGUGGGGGAAGAAGUGGAGCAUAGUUGGGUGGGCGGUUUGGUGGUGGGCUGGGAGUGAGGAGAAGGCUAGGAUGAAGAUGGAAAGGUUGCGGACAAUCGAGCAGUGA